GUGCAGAUCAACUCUUUGUUUUGUUAAAGCCAUAGUCAGCCAAUUUACUGCUAGGUCUUGUCAGGUUUUGCCUCAGUGGCAAAUGAACAGGAACUACGUACAAUCACUGCUGAGUGUGAAUUUUGCUCCCGCUCUGUCUAUAAUCUCAAGGAGUUCUGUUGACGGUCGAUUUUCUUACGAACCAGGUAUGCCACUUGUCGCCCAUCCUUCAAGUCGUUGUGACGUCUGCCUUGAUCCAUAUUCGACCUCCUCAGAUCUUGGUACUUCUCCACAUGCAAUCGAAUGUGGUCACAUCUUCUGUCUCAGGUGUCUUCAUUCCUUAACCACAAGCAUAUGUCCCCUCUGUCGCGAAUUUUUCGAUUUAGACCGUGCCAAGAAACUCCACGUCGGAAAUCCAUCCGAACAAAUCAAUGCUGAACAAGACAAUGCCGAACAGGGUGUCGUCAACGAUCGUGCUGAUUUCCUUCUUCAUCGGAUGUCUGUAGUCUCAGGCGAAGGUGUACCCGAAGUCGAUGUCGUUGAAGUAGUCUCCGAAGUGCAGGAAUGGUUACAGUCUCAACCGGAUGACCCCAAUUCUCAUAUACCACUUCGAGCGGCCUUAGAUUCCCUCCAGCGAUACAAAGCUCUUCAACGUGAGAGCGAGUAUGAAAAAGCAGAAUGUCGUCGUCUUCGAGACCAACUUCGCAAUAGCACACUAACCACGGACCGUGGCUCCAGAACAUCUCGUGCUAUGGAAGACGGUCUACUUGCUAGGAUCGAGGCAAUGGAGACUGAACGUGUCCUGUGAGCUGCUACUCAUAAGUGAUGAAUAUUGUUUAAAUGAUUUCUCCGCAGAGAGAUGUCGCAAUUGCGAUCUCAGUUGCAAAGCCUUGACAAUCCCCGACCUCGAUACCUCGUGAUUAAUACUAAUCCCCUCCCCCCUCAGCAAAACUCCUUACCUCGCAGAUUAAAUUUUGGUACCCACAUCCGAAUGGGAC